AUGGAGAAUAUGUUAAGGAUGGAGAAGAAGUUUGGGAUGGAAGAGAAGAAUCAAAGUAUGGAGAAGAAAUUAAGGAAGAAGAAGUUUAGGAAAGAGAAGAAGUUUUGGAUGGAGAAAAAGUUAAGGAUAAAGAAGAAAGUAUGGAUGGGGAAGAAGUUUGGGAUGGAGAAGAAGUUUGGAAUGGAGAAGAAUCUACUAAGUAUGGAGAAGAAAUUAAGGGAGAAGAAGGAAGGACAAGAAGUUAAGGUUGGAGAAAUAGUUUGGGAUGGGGAAGAAGUGAAGGAAGGAGAAGAAGUUAAGGAAGAAGAAGAAGUUUUCGAUGGAGAAGAGGUUAAGAGUAAAGAAGAAAGUAUGGAUGGGGAAGAAGUUUGGGAUGAAGAAGAAGUUAAGGAGGGAGAAAUGAUUAUGGAUGGAGAAGAAGUUAAGGAAGGAGAAGAAAUUAGGGAUGACGAAGAAAGUAAGGAUGGAGAAGAAGUUAUGGACGCAAAAGAUGUUAAGGAAGAAGGAGAAGAAAUUAAGGAAGGAGAAGAAGUUAGGGAAAGAGAAGAAGUUUGGGAUGGAGAAAAAGUUACAAAUGGUGAAGAAGUUUGGGAUGGAGGAGAAGUUUGGAAUGGAGGAGAAGAAUCGAAGUAUGUAGAAGAAAUUAAGGAAGAAGAAGUUUAG